GAAAAUCGCUACUUGGUGGUACAUGCGAUUGGAAUAUUGAUUGUGAGAAUAAAGGAUCGAUAUGUUUACGAGGACGUUGUAGAUGUCAUCCACAUUAUGCUGAAAUUGUGGAUGAGAAAAGAGUACCCGCAAAAGUUGGCCAAAUAUGUACCACUAAAUGUCGCGAGCCAUUAUUUUGUCGAAGUGGUCAAUGUCAAUGUGUUCAACGUGGUACUACAACAUUGAUCAACGGUCAAUGUGUAUCAAUGAGUCGAGUGGGUGAUCGUUGCACGCGGCAUUACGAUUGUUCCGCACCCUUUUCGGCGUGUCUGAAUUCGCAAUGUGUAUGCAUUAGUGGUACCAUACAGCAAGGUUCACAAUGUAUAGCUAAACCAGCCUGUCCACUUGGAGGCAUUCCUGGCAAUGCAUGCAUCCGUAAGGCAAAUCAACAUAUGGUGGAAAAUUUCGUUGAUGACGCUGAUGAUUGCCCACUUGGACAGAUAUGCAUAACUAUUGGUGAAUCACCGAUGGGACAUUGCUGCCCAAAAGUAUGUCCGCUGGGAACGUUACCAGAACUUAAUUAUUCUUGCGAUCCCACCGCAAGUACCCGUUGUCCGUCUGAUACACAUUUUUGCCAUCGUGUUUCCGAUGGUGGAUUUUCACAAUCAUUGUGUUGUCGUCGGCCGUGCAAUGCUAUGGCACCAAAAGCAUUGUAUAUUAAUGGCACAUGCAUGGCACGCGGACAACUUAACUCACAAUGUACCGCAAAUGAACAAUGUGGUGGUGGCGAAACUAUGAUAUGCAACAGGGGACAAUGUGAAUGCUUGGCUGGAUUUCAUCCACUUGUCGAUCCAGUAACACAUCCAUUACGCAAUCCAAGUCAAACCUGUACACGAGAUUGCGAAUCGGAGACACUUUCCAGAGACACAACCUGCCUAAAGCCAGUAGCACUUGAAGCUCAUUGUCGUUGUCAGUGCAAGUGUGGUUUUAAAAAGGAGAAACAACGAUGUGUCGAGCUACCUCCAUCUCCAAAAACAACAAGACAACCAUCUGUGAUGGUACCUGGUACUGUAAUCGUACCUGGUGGCGAUUUCUUAAGUCUUAUUGGAAAUUUCUUUGGCGGAACGGAAGCGCGAAGCGCUACCGGCAAAUAA